AUGGUGCGACUGUACUGUUGGGGGGACAGUUCCAGCGGACAAUUCGGGGCUCAGAAGGCUCUUAGUCCGGUUAUCUGGACUGUUCCCGGGAUCAUCACCGACAUCUGCUCUGGGGACCAGCAUACUUUAUUGCUCACCAAGGAUGGAGGCGUUUUAUCCUGUGGGAGCCACUCUCAGGACAGACUUGGACGGAAGAAACUCAAAGAUGCUAGCACGCCAGGUACGGUCAGAAAAUGGUUUUAUUCACCGAAAAAGAAACUACAAUGUGCGCAUGAAAAGGAAAUAUUAAAGUUCUAACUGCAUAUUUAAAAGAUACAGUAAGUUUACGAGGAAUACGCUUUUUCUUAAUCCUAGGUUGUUUUUUUUUUUUUUUUUUUUAUUUAAAGGUAGGAAUACGUGUUUUUUUUACCACACAGGUGUUCGACCAAACCUAAUUUCUUUGGCUCUUUUUCUUUCAUCUUUAAAGGACAUGUCACUCAGAAAGCACUUUAUUUUUCCCUUUUUUUAAGUGACAGGUGUCACCUGAACGAAAGACUAUUCUCCGUAUAAAGUGCGCAGUGUAAACAAAGCAAUAUUUCAGUUUCGUUUCCCGACCGUCUUCUGAGGUAUUGAAAGGCGCUCUAUCCUGUGUUGAGUUCAAGUGAAAAUGGGAAAAAUGAGACAUUAGAUGUUUUUUUGUUUUGUUGUUGUUGUUGUUUUAUAUAUAUAUAUAUGUGUAUAUAUAUUAUUUAUUCAUUUUUUGCUUGGGUGGUGAACUAAAAGUAAGCAAUCUAAAGUUGAAAAAGUAAAUCCAAUCAUAUUUGUUUAAAAUGCGUUUCGAUGAGGUAUAGACAUUUAAUGGUAUGUUUCAAUGGAAAACACAAUUUUUUUCCAAAAUGGUUCCUCAAAAUAUAUGAUUAAAUGUGUCCUGUAUAUUAUUGGGUCAUUUUGCCUUAAAAAUCAAAAUGUAAGCAGCAACUGUCUAAUAAACUCAGAGAAAAUUGUAGUGAAUUAAAGUACACAAGAGCAGUAAAAGUAUCUCAACUUUGUGCAGAGCUUGAGUAAAGUUAACAGGUUAGUUUCUGUUCUGGUAAAUGAGUGCCCAACCCUAAAGCAAAGUUUCCAUUUCAAGCUAGGUUGUAUUUUUAGUCAUAAAACAAAAAAAAAUUAUAUCAUUUAUCAUUUCAGACAAGUAAGGUGAGACAAUUUAUGAGAGAUGUAAUUUAUGUUGAAAUACUGUAUGAUUUAUUUCCUUUGUAUGUUUUGGUUGUUAUGACUCAUGUGUGUUGUGCUGUUACAGGUCGUUUGGGUGGCCUGGGUGAUGUGGUGUCAGUGGCCUGUGGUCAGGAUCACUCUCUGGCUCUGUGUGCAUCUGGACACGUGUUCUCAUGGGGAGCAAAUAAAGACGGACAGCUAGGCAUGUCACCGCAUCAACAGCUCAAAUGUCGCCGACCAAGGCAAGAACCUGUAUGCAUACUUUUCACUUCACAUCAUCGAAGCUAAUUUUCCUAACUCAGUACUGUUUUGUCAACAUGCAGCCGGGUGCCCAUACCAAUGCCAGUACCAGUGAUCCAAGUUGCUUGUGGAAAUGUUCACUGUCUGGCCCUCACUGAAGGUAAGAUAACAAACAUGGUCUGAUUACAUUUUUGUGCUUGAGGUGGAGUAGUGCCCAUGAUUUUUUUUUUUUUAUCUAUACAUGUAAGCCCAAAUUUAAAAUGAUAAUGCUUUCAUUCUUGAACCUGCAGUACAUUACAAACUUUUUUUAUCUUUACUCUCCUCCACUUUCCAGGAGGAGAUGUCUUCACAUGGGGCCGUAACAGCCACGGCCAGCUGGGUCUGGGCAAAAAUAUACUGUUGCAGCACAAUCCUGUCCUGAUAACAGCUCUGACUGGCGCUCCGGUGACACAGAUUUCAGUCGGAGCAACACACUCUUUCUUCCUCACACUGCCAGGCCUGGUGUACUGCUGCGGGGCCAACAAGUCAGGCCAGCUUGGCCUUAACAGGCUGGAUGAGAAAGGUACAAAUAUUGCUCUAAAUAGUGCUUGUUUUGGCUGAACUUAUUGACUCUUAUCAGAUUAUUACUACAUGUGCCAGUGUGCAGAAUUUACAGCCGUCACAGGUUUAACUUUUGUGCCACCUGCAGGCAUUAAGUGUAACAGCUGUUGUUAACCAUUUUUAAAAUAGCUUAGAUUUAAUGCUUCAAAAAAGCAAAUUAAAUAAAUGAUCUAUUAUAAAUGUCAACAUAAUUUUUAAUAAGUCAACAGUAUUUUCAGCCUUUUUUUUUUGUAUCUCAUAUUCUCAGGCAGGUUCAACAUCUGUGUGGUACCUGCCUUGCGGCCUCUUGAUAUCUCCUUUAUCAGCUGUGGAGAGGCACACACUGCUGUUUUAACAAAGGUACUCAUUUGCUCUAGCUUUCAUUCAUACUUUGUAGAUAAGUAUAGUUUAAGGACAUUGUUAAUGGUAUUAUUUGAUGCUGUGAUUUUUUUUAGGAAGGCAACGUUUUCACUUUUGGAGAGGGAAGACACGGCCAGCUCGGUCACAACUCCACUGAAAUUGAAAAAGCGCCCAGAUUGGUUGACGGUGUGGAUGGGCCUGCAGCACAGAUUGCAUGUGGCAGGUAAAAUUAUUUUUAAUGACUUGCACUGAAUUCAAUAAAGAGUUUGUCAAUUUUGGCAUGUUCUGGUGAUACUGAAAAAUAAUCAUUUUUCAAAUCUAUAAAUAAAGAAAACACAUGUAGUCUCUCAAUUAAGUUAAAAUUCUCUGUUGUCUCCCAGAUAUCAUACCCUGGUGUUGGGCUCCUCUGGCCAGCUGUGGGCGUUUGGCAAUGGGGCCAAAGGUCAAAUCGGGACAGGAGGCUCAGAGGACAGUCUGACUCCCACACUCGUAAAACUUCCAUUGAUGAAUGAUGAUCAAGCAGCCAUGCCCAGCAGUAAGAAUAUGUUAACAUGUUGUAUGUGGUGUAUAGUUUUAUGAAAAAAUAAGUCAGGGUUGAACCUGUCCUUGACAUGAGUUUAUUUGAAACUCGUUUGAAAUAUCCCAGGGGAUGCAUCAGGCAUUAAGUGGAGCACUAAUAAUUAGAGCCCGACCGAUGUUAUUUUUUGGGGGCUGAUACCAAUUAUUGGGGGGGGGGGGGGGGGGUCUAAUUACUGAUUAAUCGGCCAAUUUCAAAAAAUGUAACUCGCGUUACCAAUUUUCGGUCCAGUCUCAUCUGGAGACAUGCAGCUGCCUCACUAAGAGAAGUAGCUCGAUCACGUAAUGUGUACUGUGAUUCAUUCAACCGUUACUGGAACGGCUAACAGUGUAGCUAGGGUGAUAGCAGAUGGCUAACUCUAGCUUUAGCUUGCAUAUUUCAUGGUAAUUCACCGUUAACUCGGAGUGACUGAGACCAGCACAGUGGGAAACAUCGUGAAGUGGGUUGAACUGAAACUUGUUGACUUAUUAUGUAUUUCACAAACUGGUUUAUUUACCGUUAAGACGGACCACUCCCCUCCUUGCGUCCCUGAGCUGCCUGCUUUAGAUCCGUCACUCUGCAGUGCUGUGAGGUAGUUAGCAGAUGAAGAUUGUCAUGAGGUCGCUGCGCCAAUCUGCAGGAGUCGGAAAACUUUUCAAAUGGAGGAAAAUUUUCGAAGUGAAACCGAAUCUUAUUCUCUGCAUUUUAUUUCUGAAAAUAUUGGUGAAAAUCGGCGAGUUUUGGCCGAUUACCGAUUAGUCUCAAACAGGCCAAAAUAUGGCGAUUUAAUCGCCUCUCUGAUAAAUUGGUCGGGCCCUACUUAAUAAUAUCACUGCCACAGUUUAUAUUUCAUUUAAAACUACUGGCACUUAUUGACGGUUUAAUAUUUUGUGUAAAAUUACUUCUUUUCAAAUGUUUGCUGUGUAGAUUAUGGUGGUAGAAGGCUAGCAGAUUUAAAUAACACUAAUGGAGAGUUCAUGGUUGUUUUAUUUAUAUGCAGACCUGAAAAUAUCAGCUGGUUGGAACACAAACUUUGCUUUCUUCUCACCCACACAGGUAAUGUGUACUUCUGUCUAAAAAACUGUUGUUUAUACAACUUAUAUAACGUUUCCUUGUUUUAAAGUACUAACGUCAUUGCUUUUAUGGGAUAAUAUUGUUUGUCUUUCAGACCUCAAACCAAAGACAGAUAACAGGGCGACUUGAUGAGACCAAACUGCAGAAUUGGUUAUCAUUGAGAACUGGCAACACAGAGGCAAAAAGGUCUUUAUCCAUAAUUACAUAUACUGUUUGUGACCCUCCACAUGUGUGUUAUCAGUCUUGUGCAUUAACUCCAGCGCGCUCUUUUUUGAACAGAGGUGUGAGUGGAAUGUUUUUCUCCAGUUCCAGUCUUGUUGCAAGUUUCACGAUGGCUAAGUGAGUCCUUUUUUAAAUCAGCUGCAACUGUGAUAUAUAGUGACAAAACCAGAUCUCAUGUUACGAUUUUAAAUGAAAACUGAGGGGGUAACUUAACUCUGACUGAUCGAUUUUGUUGCGAAAACCUUUUUCUGAUGUCGUUAGCUCAUCUCCAAGAACAGCAGGUGCGCUAACUGUUGACCUCGAGGCGGCUAGCAGAGUUUUUGACCAGAUGCUGGCAGUACGAUGGAUCAAACAAACAGUUAAGAGCAUACACGCCACUGUCAAGAUCAUUUGUGUAUUUACUCAAGACACAACAAGGUGUUCAUAAAUCUGUUUUCUCUGCAGGUGAACAUUCAGGUCCUCUUUGAGUUGCUGAUGGCUUCAAAAGACAUAAAAUCACCAGAGAUCUUCAUGGUCCUGCUGACGUGUCCGCUGCUCCUAGAGGAUUGUUAUGUCGCCAAAACGGUGGUGCCUUUGUCGAGGAUUAUUGCAGAUAUGAGUGAGAAGAAUCGUGAAACACUAAGUAAAUAAGUUCUGCAAACUUGUCUUUUUUGUCAUGGGAUUGGGGAGGUAUGAUUCAUGCAACUGUCAAAUAGUAAAAACACAAAGUUAGACAUUAAAGAUGAAGAUCAGUUAAAAUGCAUUUCUAUUUUUCUCCUUUUUGAAGUUUCUUUUUGUAAAUGUGCUGAAUGAUUUCAACAUACUCUAUUGCUAUCAACUUAUUUAAAUGAUUUGUAUAUAGUUUUGUAUAAAUAUUAGCAGGGUUUUUUUGCGUCUCAAUAGUUAGAAAAGUGUGAAUAUUGGACUGGAUAUGCCAUCACUGACUAAACCACAUAACUGUUAUUGUUUCUGUAGAGGGCUGGUGGUCUUCUCUGACACCCACCAUUCUCACCAAGCACAUCAUGGUGUUCAAAAAUGCCCUGGCCUUCUUACUAAGAGAUCAACUCUUGGAAACUCACAACACAGAUGUCAGAUUCCAGCUGGAGGCCCUCGAGCUGCUCUACAAGGUCGGUAUUUCAAGAGAAAUACAUGAUGUACACGAGAAAAGGGUCACGAAAGUUUAACCUCUUUUUAGGACCAGAGACCGAAAAAGAACAAACAAACAGAGGUUUAGAUUGACUGCUUCUGUCCAUGAUUUGUCUGGCAGAUAUUAUACAUUACCAAAUACAUUUUUGUUUUUUGUGUUGUUCUCGUCACAGGCAAACAAAGCUGGGAAGCCCUACAAAGUCCCUCUGACCACCUUUCAUGUAGAGGAAAUCUAUGAUAAUGUGGUUCAGUCAGCCCAGCAUUCUAAAGUGGAGGUACUAACAUGUUCAGUGGAUUGUAUAUGAUAAUGCAUUUUGGACAAAAAUCCUGUUUUUACCCCCUGAUCUCUUUAUGUCUAAAUCCUUAUAUUUUUUCAAAGCAUGAUGAAAAUACACCAUCAAUUUUCUGCUCCUACCCAUUCGUGUUGACUCUUGAGUGCAAGGUGGAACUCUUUCACACCCGUGCAAACAAAAUAAAGGUACAGUAUGCCCUGAAAUGUUUACAUUAAAGAAUAUGUUUUUAUUUUAUUGAACAAUACAUCUUUAGCUUUUACUGAAUUAAGACAUUUCUUUGAAAAGGGGUUUUGCAAUUACAGGAAGAACUUUAUAUAAAGGCCAUGACAAUGCAUGCUGAACUGUUUGGAGGACUUGUAGACUCUGCACCGCCCCCAUACUUCCAGUUGACUCUGAGACGCACUCACCUGGUGGAGGACACCUUUAGACACCUUGCUGCAGCCGACCACAUUGCCUUUCAGAGAGAGCUUUUGGUAAACGCUCAAGUGUUUACUACCUUUUUCUUUUGAUGAGGGCUUGGAGUUGAGCUGGGUAACUCAGAAAUGAUCAUUAUAUCCUUCUCAGGUGCAGUUUAUGGAUGACAGGAAGGUGAUGAAUGUCAACAAGAGCGACCUCUUCUUGAAUGUGUUUGAUGAGCUGAUUGCUCCUGAAUCUGAAAUGUUCAUGUCCAAUGAGAGUAAGACGCUGCUGUGGUUCCCUUCAAAGGUAAGACCAGUUGACCAAGAACUGAUUUCGGUACAAAAGCGUCACCUCUACUGGUGUCUGAUGCUUCAUUGUACUGUCUUUCUUUCAUUGAAACCACCUGUAAGAGUUCACAGCCUUUAAAUUUGACCAUUUUUAUCACCAUUCAAACAGCCAAAAGUGGAGAAGAAGACCUACUUCUUCUUUGGCGUUCUGUGUGGACUGGCUCUCUACAACAAGAUCAUCAUCCACCUGCCCUUCCCUCUCGUUCUGUUCAAGAAGUUGCUUCGCAUCAAACCCUCACUGGAUGACAUGAGGGAGUUUGACCCCAUAAUGGCAGAGUAAGGGUCCGAGGACAACACAACAUGAGGCUGUAAUCAGAGAUGGGGACUCAAGUUUGACUUUAACGUGGCUUCAGUCUGGACUUGGAUUUGACUCUUAGGACUUGUCUGCUACUUUGUCACAAGAGCAGUAUCAGUCCCUUUUGACACACCUAAUCUUUUGCUUCUGGUGCACAAGCGGCUCCACCACAGCAAGUGCAUUACCUGUUGUGCAAUGGCACAAUGUUUCUCACAGAUGGAUCAUAACUGAGAAGGCCAGGGGCACAGAUUUUAGUCAAUUUUCCAUGAAGGUCUCUCCUUAUAAUGCAGGCUAACGUCUGCGAUCAGCAUCUCAUAUACAGACUUUCUCCCCCUUCCCUGAAAUUUGGUCAUACACCCAAAAUUCUGAACCAUGAUUGGCUAUUUACCUUAUCAUAGUUAAAGGUUUUAGUUACAAUCAACCAUUUUGGCUGUUAGCUGUGUUUUAAAACGCUGAAUGUAGCUUUCUUUGCAGUUAAAGGUGGGGUAGGCAGGAUCUGAGGAAGUGCCAGUUUUUGGGAGAACUUUUGAAUAAUGUAAACACUACCCCUCCCAACCAGUUUUCCCCUCAGCUCCUCCUCUCCCCUCCUUCUCUGCUCUAACAAGCCCCGCCCACAAACAGACGCUCCUGCUCGCUGGUAUCGUUACCUCCGCCAAGGAGGUUAUGUAUUCGGUAGCUAGGUUUGUUUGUCUGUUAGCAACUUUACGGAGAGAGUAAGAGACGAAUUGACCUGAAAUUUUGGUGGUGAUCCGGACAAAAUUCUGGAUACUGUGAUCCAGAACACACAAAAACAAGGGUGUUGUUGGAAUUUUCAAUGCUGAAUGAUAACCAAUGGGCGGCACAGUGGGGUAGAUAGGUGGCAGAGUGGUGUAGUGGUUAGCACUGUUGCCUCACAACCAGAAAGACCUGGGUUUGAAUCCCAGUCAGGGCAUUUCUUGUUUUAUGAACAGUGAACAUACCAGUUUCAACACAAAUAAACAUUAAUAAAAGACACGUAACAGUAAAAGUUUUGGUGUGAAUCACAAUUUAAGGGGGGACAUGAGCUGCUUGGCGGAGGUCUGUGCUCUAUGAGUGCUUUUCUAGUUUCAAUUAAAUUCAGAUAUAAUGCAGAUAAAUACUUCAGAUAACUACAAAUGUGGCCCGGUCAACGUGAAAGUAAAAAAGCAUUGGUGCUACUGUAGAUGCCAACGGGCUACCAGCAAACACAAUGCUUGCAGGACUUCUAAAACUAGGUUAAAGUGACAUACUCCAGGACCCGAGGUCAACAGUUUAGUGGCGCUACAACACGCAGCAGGUCCCGUUUGACAAGAAACACUUCUGUUACAGACACUUGGCUUACUUUGUUAAAGCGGAUUACCUGUCCAGCAGAAAGGUUUCAGGGUCCGUAAGAUUGCAAAGCGUCCCCCAUCAUUGUUGACCCGGCUUUUUAGCUCUUUUACCUCCUUUUUAAGCGCCCGUUAUUCCCCCAGAGUCUCUGGUAUUUACUUUGUUUUCUUGCUUGUGUUGGCAGUCGUGGCCAAAGGAGGAUUCAGACAAUUUUCCGAACUUUCUGGUUGGUUUCUACUGUCCGAUAUUGUAGCACGCUAACUUUGUUUGGGCUCCUGAACGUCAUGGGGGAGCAACGUUUGCCUCACAACCAAUCAGCACUAAGGAGCAGCGUCCACCUCACAACCAAUUAAGUUUAAGGAGGUCGGAAAAUGGCUUUGUUUACAGUCAGAAAGAACAGGCUGCUCAAAAAAUGUAAAAUGUUGACUGCACAGCCAUAACAAAACACAGCAAUAUCAUAUUACCAAAUGUCACCAAUAACUAAUAGCUAUUGACUGAUAUAAAAAGCUUUUUUGUAUAUACACCACAAAAACAGAUGCUUCUUUAACGGAUUCCUGCCUACCCCACCUUUAAUUGUUGCACAUUUUCAGUUAGAUUAAUUAUUUCUUUUUGCAUUCAUGAGGAUUUAAGCUGUAAAAAUAGAGCUCAUUGGCUGCUACUGUCUUAUGUCACAAUUUUGUUACUUAUUGACAUUAUGAGGGACUUGACUGGGACUUGCUGCUACACUUAGAGACUUGAGACUCGACUUUCAAAGAGGUGCCCAUCUCUGGCUAUAAUGUUUGUGCUGUUUUAACCCACAGUGGUUUUUCUGCUACCUUCUUUGACAACAAUGAUUACAUAUUUUUUCAAAGUUUUCUGUUGAAUGAAUGUUUUUGUGUUUGUCUCUAGGUCUUUGCGGUGCAUGCUUGAGGACUACACUCCUGCUGACAUGGAAGACCUGGAGGCCACUUUUACUGUAUGUUAGAGAAAAAUUGAAACGUGAUAACAUGAAGUAAAACUGUCAGUUAGUCUGUGAUUUCUUUGAGUUAUUUUUUGCAAUAAUCCGAUCUGACUCUUUAUAUUUCAUUAAAGGUUCCAUGGGACGGUGAGAGUGUUGAGCUUGAACCCGCAGAACCUGGAAAAGCUGUCACAGCAUCAAACAAGUAUGUGUACGCAAAAAUAGCAUUUAGAUUUUUUUAAUUUGUCAAAAAUAAAGUCAGCUUUUGGUUUUUGUUAUUUGUGCAAUGUUUGGAUUUUUUUUCUUUCUGGGUAGAAAACACUUUGUUAACACCUUCAUUGACUACGCCUUCAACAAAUCAGUGGAAGAAGUGUUUGAAGAGUUCAAGAGGGGCUUCUUUAAGGUGUUUGAGUACGACGAUGUGAACUUCUUCCAGCCGGCGGAGCUGCAGACUGUGAUGAUGGGCCAGGAGGACUAUGACUGGGAUGUUUUCAAGCAGGUAUGCAAAAAGCUUAUCGGAUUUUGUAACCAGUGAAGAGACAUCUUUCAUCCUUAUCUUGUCUGUCAUCCUUUUAACCAAGUCACCUGCAGGUGGGGACAUUCCCCUGAAAUAUGUCAUGUUUGUGGCCUUUUUCCCAUACAGAACGCAGUGUAUGAAGGAGACUAUUAUGCCAAGCAUCCAAACAUCAUAGUCUUCUGGAAGGUGUUUGAGAGACUAACUGCUGAGGAAAAGAAGAAGUUCUUCUGUAAGAGUAAAACAUGCUGCUGAUUAUCAUUGUGAAUCCAAAUCUAAGAUUAUAAACUCACUUUUUUACCUUGUUUUUGAUGCCAGUGUUCCUCACUGGCUCUGACCGGGUACCCUUCCUGGGUAUGAAGAGCAUCAAGAUGAGAGUUGCUGUCCUUCCUAAUGCCAAUGAAACCCAUCGGCCAGAGUCCCUCACCUGCCACAAUCUGCUCUUACUGCCUCUCUACCAGAGCUACCCUGUCGAGGAGAUGGAGAUGGAGACGAAGCUCCUCCAGGCGAUAAAUCACAACAGAGGCUUCUGGAAAGAAAACACUGCUGAGUAA